CCUCUGCGCCAUCCCCAAGCUCCCCCCGUGCUCGUCCUCGACUCGUGGCCUCUCCGACAGAGGCGAGUUCUUCCCCAAGCCCGGCCUCCCGACUGAUUUGCUUGUACUUGCCCUUGAGGACGCCACCUCUCCUCCAUUGCUGAAGCACCAAGCUCGCCAACGACUGGUUCGUCCCCAAGGCCAGUAUUAGUUGGUAAACCAUGUCAACCUCUCAGGAUGAGGAAUAUGAUGUUUCUGAAGAACCUAUACUCGAAAUGUAUUUUCCCCCAUCAUCCCAAGCAGAGCAUUCACAGCGAAGGUCUCCAAUCGUGCCUGUUGUCAGCUCUCCUGGUCUCAGAUUGUAUUUGAGCCCAUCAUUUGCAAGGCGGAGGAACUCUCCAUCUGUUAGGAACUCUCCAUUGUCUCUCGCGAAUGCGCACACUUCAGCGACCAGGCGGCCUCCAAAUGUCGUAGCGUCUACAGCAGGUGCACAUACUUCAGCUGAUGCUACCGGCCCACCAACUAGAUCAAGAAAAAGAAAACUCACGUCGGACAUAUGGGAUGAUUUCACUCCUAUCUAUGAUGACAAUGGCAAACUUGUGGAAGGUCAGUGUAUCCAUUGUGAAACCAUCUUUCCGACUUCUAAAAAGUCUGGAUCUAGUCAAUGCCGUCGGCAUAGGUCGACCUGCACUGAAAAAGCCAAGUUAGAUGAACUGAUUGGUACCAUUCAGCCCGGCGAUGCAAGAAUUCCUGCUAUUAAGCGGUUUAAGUAUGAUAGAGAUAAAGCUCUCGAUGAGCUUGUCAGGAUGAUCGUACUCCAUGAGCUUCCUUUCCGUAUAGUUGAGUAUGUUGGUUUUAGAAGAUUCGUGGCUAGUCUGAACCCAGCCUUCAAGCUUAUGUCUAGAACUACUAUAAGAGAUGAAUGUAUUGCAGAGUUCAAUAGGCAAAAGACACAGCUACUAGAGGUGUUGAAAAAUUUGAACUCUAGAGUUUCACUAACAGCAGAUCUUUGGACAUCGAAUCAAGAGCUAGGUUAUAUUUGUGUUACAUGCCAUUUUGUGGAUAACAAAUGGAACCUCCAUAAGAGAAUUAUCAACUUUGCUCACGUUGAAACUCCUCACAAUGCCACUAAUCUGUUAAAUGUUAUGUUAAAAACAAUGGAAGAUUGGGGUAUAGAUGAUAAAAUCUGCAGCAUCACUCUAGACAAUGCUUCAGUUAAUGAUUUGAUGGUCAGCUAUAUCAAAUCAAACCUGAUUGGGAGAAGACUGCUAGCUGGAAAUGGUGACAUAUUUCAUCAUCGCUGUGCGGCACAUGUUCUAAAUCUGAUCGUGCAAGAUGGCCUGAAGGUCAGCUGUGGGGCUAUUGAUGCCAUCAGGGAGAGUGUCAAGUUUGUGAGGAGCUCGGCUCAGCGGAAAGAAAAUUUUGACAAAAUCAUUACACAGCUUGGAAUAACUUGUGAGAAACAGGUCGCAUUGGAUGUCAGCACUCGCUGGAACUCAACAUAUUUGAUGAUGAAGACAGCAAGUGAGUACAUUGCAGCCUUUGAUCAAUUGGCUGUGCAAGACCUUUCGUUCAAAUGUGCACCAUCAGCUUCUCAAUGGACAAUCGCGGAGGAAAUUUGCAAGUUGUUAGUUGUUUUCUAUGAUGCUACGGUGGUAGUUUCUGGUUCACUAUAUCCUACAAGCAAUGCAUAUUUCAAAAUGCUUUGGAGGGUCAAAUGGACGUUGGAAAAGGAAGCAUCAAAUGCGAAUGCCACAAUCAGAUCAAUGGUGCUGCAUAUGAAGAAGAAGUUCUUGAAGUACUGGAAGCUCUCAUACUUAACUAUGUGCAUACCUAUAAUACUCGAUCCUCGGUGCAAGGUUGAGUUCUUGAACUACAGCUUGAAGGAUGAUACAGAGCUUGAGGGGCCAAAGUAUUUAGCAAUCGUGAAGAGGAAAUUCAAAGAAAUGCUAAGCGCGUAUUCAUCACAGCAGAUUGGUGACUCAGGCAUUCGAAAUGAACAAGAAAAUCAAGCAUCAUCUUCAAGUGAUCCGUGGGCUAGGUGGAGUCAGCAUGUGGGUCAACGCAAGCAGCGAACUAAGCAAAGUGAGUAUGAUAUGUACUUGAAAGAUGACCUUGUACCUCCAGAUGUUGAAAUUGAUGUUCUGGAAUGGUGGAUGACCAAUGGACAUAAGUAUCCUACAAUUGCACGUAUGGCACGUGAUGUACUGGCUGUUCCUGCAUCUACUGUGGCUUCGGAGUCAGCAUUCUCCACUGGAAGUAGGGUGAUUAGCGACUACCGUAGUCGUUUGGCUAGCGAAACCAUCACGGCAUUGAUAUGCCUGCAAGAUUGGAUGCGCCCAUCAGGUGUAAUUGAUUCAACGACAAUUGUAGAAGAUCUGGAGAAUGAAGAUGAAAUUCUCAGGGCUAAUACUAAUUUCAGAGUGGAGAGAAACGAGACACAGGUGGACUCUUGAUGAACCUGUUCAUUUACAAUUUGUUGUGUUGUUAAGGUUACUGUCUUGGUACUUCUAAGCAUGUGGAAGUGUUAAACCAAGGAACCAAGAUUCUACUCAAGAGUGGCCUUUCCUGGCAGAUGCUUUGACAAGAUUUCCUGGCGCAGAACAUAAUUCCAGCGCUUCCUGCUUGAAGCAUACCACAGCAUUUUCCUCAAAUUGAUUUAAGCCGCUAGCUGUAGCUUAUGCAGUACUCUAUUUCAAUGAACUUAGAUGGCUCGCUCGAUUCUGUACUCAGAAAAACCCUCCAGUACUCUGCUUUUUAAUCCUCUGUUUCUUGUUGCUUUUUUUA